UGUUUUGUGAGAGAGAAACAUCUAAUUCUUUUACAUUAUCGAUAGAGACGAACAAAAUUAUUCCGGACUAUCUUUUCUAGAGGGCAUUACACGACAAUAAUAGCUUUUAAAUUAUUAAAUUUAAACAUGAUAUACAUCAAUAAUACAUUAUUAUAGUUUUAAGUUUAUCGAUACGUAGUAUUAAGACAAAAGACAAGUUAUUUGAUCUUCAAGCAAUAAAUAAUUAAAAGUGAUUUAUUAUGGAAAAAUUAAUAAAUAAUGUAAUAGAGUUCGUAAUUAAACUCUCAGAGGUUAACUUUGAUGUCGAAAAAUCAAAAAUUCAAAAAUACAAGCAUAUUGACAUUGAAUUAAUAAAAGAUGAUAAAUUUGAUUGGGUUCAAAUAACACACUGUAGUUUGACAAAUUUAUACCAUUCUGAUUGGAUUGAUGUUCUAUGUAAAGCUGUAUGUCAAUCGUCAGUUGAAAAUACAUCAACUUUAAUUUUCUUCAAAUCUAAUCAUAGUAAUCAUGAAUUUACUUAUAAUAUACAUAAAUUAAAUCAAUAUCGAGAAAUUUCUUCAUUUAUACGUCAUCCUCAUCUAAAAGAAUAUUUAGGGAUAAAAAUUGAGCAUAAAUUAAAAAAAGAAGAAUAUGAAUUAUUUAAAAUAAAGUUACCGCAAGAGCUUAAUAAUUUGAAUAAAAUUUAUUCGAAUUUAAAAUAUACAUUACAAUGUGAUGAUCAGUUACUGUACAACAAUUUCGUGAGUUUGGACGAAAUUUUCAGUCAAUGUUACUUGAUGAGUUCUGCAAUUGAAAAGGUUAUCAUAUCAAGUAUUAAUGAUGAAUUUCGUCUGGAAUGUUCUAAAUUACUGGGUACUAUGCAAAGUGGCAAUUUAAAUAGUGCUAUGACGAUUAAAUUAUUUGAAUUGUUUAAUAAUAAUUAUGAAUUUAAAAAUAACCGGUAAUUAAAAUUAUUUUUAAUUAAAAAAAUUCAGUUUAUGUACUAAUAAUUUAAGAAAAUAGUUUUUAUAUGUUGAUUUUCACAGCAGUAAUUAUGACAAAGUUGAAAUAAAUAUAAUGUAUUACUUAUUAACAAAGAUUAAUUUAUUUAAAUUCUCCCGCGUAUGCGCGCAUCCAUAGGGUCCAUGGGUGUCAUCUUUUUGUCCUAACAACCAGUUCUUUCGAGUCGAAAAGUAUUUCGAUUGAAUAUUAUUUCCGGUAUAGUUAAGAGUCAAAUGAUGUUAAUAAUGACUGUAUUUAUUUCUAGUGGAUGUUUGAGACAGAUUUGUAUUUAGUCAGUUGCAUUUAAUGUUGUUUCCUUUAAAUACAGAUGGCUGAUAGUAACAGUACGAGAUGGUGACUUAGUAAUGUAGAAAGAUGUCAAAUUAUGAACAGUUGUACAUCUAACUGAUGUUAUGUAUUUGCAUACAGUGAUUAAGUCGGACAUAAAAUGUUACAUGUGUAUUUGUUGCUAUCAUGAAAAAUAGUCACUAAUCUAUUAAAAAAACGAUAAUUUAAUGCAUUAGUAUUUUAUACUUUUUUUAAAAUGAGUCAAAUAAAUUGCGAGCAGUUUGCUGAUAAUGCCAGUUGAAUUUUUGUCUAGCCUUAUUUAAGUUUACAAUAAUUUCGAGUCAGCGAUUGUAUGUUGCCAACAUACUUGGUAGCAUCGAAAGUUGUAGCAAGUGGAGGUUUAUGCUCGUGCGAUUUAGU